AUGUACAGUUCUGUGCCUCAUUUGCGCCCUGUCGUCACGGAUACCGUGAGUAGUAUCAUCGUAACCCUGUGUCUGAAUGUUUUCCCUUCACAGUUUGGACACGCCGUGCUAAUUUCGGGCACGCCAGGCAAUUACCAGUACAGCGGCCCCGUGGUAACCAUCCUGCACAUCAUAGAGCGCCACCUCGGCAUGUGUUUCCAGUUCAUGAUAUCGAAGCACCGCGUGUACGGCCACCAGCAGCCCAAUGGUUCCUGGACGGGCCUCAUUGGUUUGCUGCAACGACACGAAAUGGACUUCGCCGGGACUCUGUUCGUGGUGACGCCGGAAAGACUAGCUUCAUUGGAUUUCAGCGAGCCUCUCUAUAUUGAUGAAUACAAUUCAGUAUAUGUCAGGCCUGGAGUCACCCCCGACAUGGCGAGUUUCAUCAAACCCUACAACCCCAUGGUCUGGGUGUUGGUGCUGGUCGCCACCUUCAUGGUAUUCACCGCCUGUCAGGCUGUGGUUCGCGGAGCCGACUUCAUCAACAAGCGUGGCAGACCCAAACUGUCCGUCACCCGAGGGUCGCGUGCUACUGAGGACAAUGGUCUGCGGGGACGGAACGAGACGCGGGAUGGACUGGAAGGGACAGAGGAGCAUCUCAGGGAGGUGGAGACUUCUGUCAUAUGGACCUGGGGCAUCCUUUUGUCCCAGAGCGUUCCGUGGAUGCCCUCCAAAGACCUGGGGCGGAGUGUGGCAGCUUUGUGGCUAUUGAUGUCCUUCACGCUGGGCUCAGUGUAUCGCUCUAAUCUUAAGGCCAUGAUCAUCUACCCCAGGAUCAACCUUCCCUUUUCCUCUCUGGAUGAAUUACAAGCAUCAGACAUCUCUGCUAUAAUCUUCAACGGCUCGGCAAUACACAACCACAUUAAGGAUGCGGACAACAGCUCCAGCCUUGGGGGCCUCCGGGACCAGGUGGAGCUGUACUACAACGAUCAGAUAGCCUCGGCAAUACAAGAAGUCUUGAGAGGCAAUGGUGCUGGCGUCUCCUUCACUAUGGGGAUCCUCUCCGUCAUGGACCAAACGUUUUCUGUGACUGGCAAGUGCAGCUUGUACAAAAUGCCCCGUGGAUUCCUUGGGCCUCUGAGUCUCAGCGUGGCCUUCCCCAAGGGCUCCACGCUCAAGACGAAGUUUGAUGACGUCAUCAUCAAGCUGCGGGAGUCUGGCAUCAUACCCAAACUGUUCAGAGACGGUCAGGUCAACAGCACCAAGUGCGCCACGCCCGAGAGCUUGUUCCUGGCCGAGGUUAAGGAACGGCCACUCCAUCUAAAAGAUUUUUACGGAGUGUUUCUGGUGUAUGGCGGGGGGCUAUUUCUAGCUGCGGGUGUUUUCCUGGGCGAGAUGGUCCGCGGGGCACGGUGGCCAAGCAGAGGAGCACCACCGGCAUCCCCACAGCACACAAACACAGAAACCCGAUCCCAGUUUGCCUCAGCCACAACUCAGAAGCCUGCACGCUUGUCAUAGUGAUGGUGACCCUUAGCACACACUUGGAUAAUUUUACCGUGUUUUGUGUGAAUAUAUGUGUUUGAUAAUAAUUAUGAAUUUUUUUUUUUUUUGUUAUGAAUGAAAUACAAUAUCCACACUCUUGUUAACUGGUAAGAGCGGCUCCGUGACUGGACUGAAGUACUCAUGUCACGUUUGUACCUGCCGAACAUAAUAAGAACUAUUAAACAUGUCAACAGCC